AUGACGGCAAAAAAUGUUGGUGUGACGUCCACAAAUGGAGACUUGAAAGGAUUUAUAGAUCAGAACCAGAGUCCAACAAAAGGUAAUAUUUCAAUAAUCACAUUACCACUUUCCAGCACCAACUCCCCAGCUAAGAUUUUGCCAAAAACCUUAGGACCAAUCAAUGUGAAUGUUGGACCCCAAAUGAUCAUAAGCACAUCACAAAGACUGACCAAUUCAGGAAAUGUUCUGAUUGGGAGUCCAUAUAACCCAGCUCCAACAAUGGUGACACAGACUCAUAUAACAGAAGCUUCUGGCUGGGUCCCAGGGGACAGGAAGCGGACUCGAGACUUUAUAGAAUCAGAUUUUUCAGAAAGCAAGAGAAGUAAAAAAGGAGAUAAGAAUGGGAAGGGUCUGAGGCAUUUUUCCAUGAAAGUAUGUGAAAAAGUUCAACGUAAAGGAACAACUUCAUACAAUGAAGUUGCUGAUGAGCUGGUAUCAGAAUUCACAAACUCCAACAGCCACCUAGCUACAGAUUCGCAGGCUUAUGAUCAGAAAAAUAUCAGACGCAGAGUUUACGAUGCCCUUAAUGUCCUGAUGGCCAUGAACAUCAUUUCAAAGGAGAAGAAGGAAAUCAGAUGGAUCGGCCUUCCUACAAACUCAGCUCAGGAAUGUCAGAAUCUAGAGCUAGAAAAACAGAAGCGGAUUGAAAGGAUAAACCAGAAGCGAGCCCAACUACAAGAACUGCUGCUGCAGCAAAUAGCAUUCAAAAACUUGGUACAAAGAAACCAGCAAAAUGAACAACAAAAUCAAGGUCCUCCAGCUUUUAACUCAACAAUUCAGCUGCCUUUCUUAAUAGUCAACACUAGCAAAAGAACAGUUAUAGACUGCAGCAUAUCAAGUGAUAAAUUUGAAUACCUCUUUAAUUUUGACAACACCUUUGAGAUUCACGAUGACAGUGAGGUGCUGAAGAGAAUGGGAAUGUCCUUUGGGCUUGAGGCAGGCAAAUGCUCAGCAGAGGAUCUAAGAACUGCAAAAUCACUGGUGCCAAAAGCUUUAGAAGGCUACAUCACAGAUAUAUCUGCAGGAAUUUCAUGGAUAAACCAAGGGUUAGUUUCAAGUUCAGCUCAAGCAAUUUCACAUUUAGAGGAAGCAGGAGGCACUUCUGAUGCUAAAUCAAGUGAGAAUCCAAGGUUGUGUUUGGAUGCUGAAGUGGCCUUAGCAACUGGGGAGUUUCCUGCCCCAAGCAGUGCGACAUCACGCUACUCUGAGUCACGGGGAGAAACACCAUGCUCAUUCAAUGAUGAAGAUGAAGAGGAAGAAGAUGAGGAUCCUUCCUCCCCAGAAUAA